UAGAUCAAGUGGAUAUAAGAUGUGACUAUUUAAUAAUUUAAUAAUAAUAACACUUAUGUUCCAUUCCGAUGUUCCAAUAAUGUAGAAUAAGUAGUAAGGACUAUGUGAAGAUCAGAAUAGGGUAACACUUGAAUUGAGAGAGACAAUUGGAAGCAGACGUGAAAAAGCUAAGCUGAACAGAAAUUAAAUAAAAUAAAACCGCAAGAAUUGAAAUAAAUAAUAUAAACCUGCGUCAACAACUUCAGAAGUGGGAUAGUCCCAUUAAUACAUUCGCCUACAUAGCCAUACCUGAGAGCACACAUUUUUUUCCGCUUUUAUAAUUACGACGCCAUUCUGAAAUGGACAAGACAUUGGAAGAAGAAGAAGCACUGCUUGACGCCGCCAUAAGGGUUGCUGAGAAGAAGAAAAUAUUGGCCGGAUUGAUGAAAAACGUCGACAAAACGACAGAUGACCUCCAAAUGGUGAUGCACCUCGUGAGCCCGUUUUCUGCCACUGACAAUGAGGAAGCCCUUAAGUGGAUUUUGAAUUUUGAGAGAGUCUGCAGAGAUAUCAACACAUGUACAAAUUUUCAACUGCGCUGCGUACGAAUGUUGAUGAAAUCGGGUACAGAUGCCGACUUGUUUGUGAGUGUUGAUCGAUCGAACACUUACGACGAAUUUAAGACAAAUUUCAUAAAAACAUUCGGUCGUGGAAGCUCAACUGCUGAUAUUGUAUUGCUACUUAAGGAAACCAUGUUCAACCCCGCGAAGAACACCGUUAUGGGAUACAUACUUCAGAUGGAGGAAAUUGCUAUGCGUGCAAAUAUUGACGAAAAAUUGACAGUGCAGUUCGUCAUUGAUGGUUUUCGCGAUCGUUCAGCCAAUAUCGCUAUAUUGUACACAGCAACAACAAUCGCACAAUUGAAGGAAUUGGCUUGGAAGUAUGGCAAUCUAAGGAAGAAGUCACACAAUUUUCCUCAGCGCAUGGAAAAUACUGGAGGAGAUCGGAAAACAGUCCGGUGCUACAAUUGCUCUGCUUAUGGGCACUACGCUUCGUCGUGCACUGCGCCGAAACGCGAGAAGGGAUCUUGUUUCCGUUGUGGAUCCCUCCAACAUAUGCUAAAGGAUUGUCAGCAGAAGCCAGCAAGUGAUCCGAGAGUGGUGGGAGCAGCCAACAACCAGCCGAUACGAGAUGACGAAGAGGAGCCUAAUAUGUUUAUUCCGAUUUUUAACCAGCGCCAUUAAUUUAAUUAAGCACUCUGCGAUUCCUUAUAAAAACUUUAGCGACAUACUGGUCCCGACGAAUUACUAUGGAGUUAAUGGAUUUAAAAUUAAAACAUUCGGAAAAAUUUUUGUCAGGCUCGUUUUUCAAAACAUAGAAGAAGAAAUUUCAUUUUUUGUUGUACCCAAUAAUUAUGUUUCAACUAAUGUUCUGUUAGGCCGUAAGUUUUUUGAGAAAUUUGGAAUAAAAUUGAUUUCUAAGGAUAAGGUAAAAGAAAUUGUAGAAGUGAAUUUAUUUAAGGAUAGUGAACCAUUGAAAAUAGUGAGUAUUGAACCAAUAAAUAGACUUCAGAAUAGUGAAACAUAUAGAGACAGUGACCAUUUAGAAAGCAGUAGAGAUUUUGAAGAGUUGUGUAUAGAAAAUGAAAUAGUUAGUGACGACAGCAUUCCGUAUAUAUAUAGUAUUGAUGUAUUUCAGGAUGAUGAAAGUUUUGACAUUGACCCGAAGUUAAGUGAUGAAGAUCGAAGCGAACUCAGUGAAAUAAUAAGAUUGAAUUACUUAUGUUUAUCUAACAUCCCAGCGAUCCAACAUAGUUAUGAAAUCAGGCUAAGACUUAAGU